AUGGCGAUGCCUGCAGAAUCUGACAGUACCGGUGCGCAAAGCAGCACUCGUGAAAAAAGCCUCAGCGCACCGGAUCGCAAUGGUUAUGUGAAAACAUGUGUCAUCCCACUGUGCCGUGACCGAGAUUACGAGUCGUGGGUGAGGCUAAUGUUCACAAAAAUAUGGAGUUCCCAGAGACUCCGGAGUGCGGUGUGCGCGGGGUCUCUUUCGGUUUUUCUCGCUCUGUUGGUCAAAUGUGCAGACUGGAAAGCUGAAGCCAGCAGCAGCACUGACAGCAGACUCUGGCGUUCAUCGUCUCCCCUUCACUUCGUUUCAGGCUGCGCGGCGGAGCUGUUGCAAACUUGCUGGAGUGUGGUUUCGCCAUUGUUCACCCUCGUAUGUGCCUUCUUCUGGGUCGGUGUCUACUUGAUCCGCUGCGGGGUUCUAAUCCAGACCGCCCUCUCCCUCCUAACCUUGUGCCACCUGGGCGAAGCAGCGGCGUGGUCCCUCCUCGACGGGACAGAUGAGCAGCUGUUUUCAUUCACGACAGCAGCCGUGGUCGUGCUCGUCUGCGUGGCCACCGGCGCACUCAUGGUAGCGCGGCUGAAUCAGGGCAUAUCUGUGAUCCUUUUCAUCAGCAUCGUCAGGACUAUCUCGCUCUUCUCGCUGCACAAAGUACGCGCCACUUGGAGACCGUACGUAGCGUACCUGGUCGGAGUGCUGGGCAUCCUGCUGGCGAGGUAUGCUGACAAGCUCCUUCCCAACCAAGGGAGACACAAGGAGGGCUGCACCCCCGUGACUGGAGCCAGGGAAGAGAUCCCUGUAUUUAAAAGGCGCAGGAGGUCCAGUUCUGUGAUAGCCUCAGACAUGGCACACAGUCAGUCCAACAGUAAGUCACAUCGCCGGACCUCUUUGCCAUGCAUCCAGAGGGACCAGAUGCUCCCCCGCUCGGACUGGGACCACAAGAGAGGCUCCCGAGGAUCACAGUCAUCAGGUACCACCGUCAUGGUGGACAUAGCAGUGAUGGGAGAAGCCCACGGACUGAUCACAGACCUGCUGGCUGACCCCUCUCUGCCCCCCAACACCUGCACCUCACUGCGGGCUGUCAGCAACCUGCUGACCACCCAGCUCACCUUCCAGCCGCUGCACCGGCCACGCCCCGCCCCCCUGCUUAACCCCAGCGAUGCCUACACCCUCUCCGACUCUGAGGACGGACCUGAGAAGGGAGAGAGGACGUCCAUCCACAAGCGUCUAAGGCGGAGUCUCCACCCUGGUCUUCUGCGGAGGAUCUCUUCCACGUGGACCACCACCACCUCCGCCACAGGCCUUCCCACCAUCGAGCCCGGGCCCGUCCGAAGGGACCGCAGCGCCAGCAUCAAGCCCUACCAUGAAACGCUCACCUGCAGCUGUGGGAGACCAUACAUCAAACUGAGCCAUGGGGAGGGCUCAAUAGACAAGGGAGACAGGAUACCACGGUCAGCGGAGGACCAAGUGGUCGUGUCGUCAGACUAUGACAGCACCCACGAAGCCAACCACAGUGACAGCAGUGAUGUAGCACAUACAGAGGAGGACACAGAGGAAGGAAAAAACACUGCCCAGAAUGUCAUCCUCCACCCACUAAUACCUCCUGAGGACAAACCGAUACUGGCUCCAGAGCCAUUAUUGAUGGAGGACUUAGAGCCUUUGAUGAGUCAGCUGAACAAUUGGAACUUCCCCAUCUUCAGUUUGAUGGAGAGGACCAAUGGGAAAUGUGGACGGAUCCUCAGUCAGGUCUCCUAUAGGCUCUUUGAAGACACUGGCCUCUUUGAGACCUUCAAGAUCCCUGUAAAAGAAUUCAUGAAUUACUUCCAUGCCCUUGAGAAUGGUUACAGAAACAUACCAUAUCACAACAGGGUCCACGCCACAGAUGUUCUCCACGCAGUCUGGUACCUCACCACGCAGCCUGUUCCUGGUCUGCCCAGCCUCAUCACUGACCACGGCUCUGCCAGUGACUCAGACUCCGACAGUGGAAUAACACACAGUCAUAUGGGGUUCCUGGUUUCAAAGACCUACACUGUGUCAGAAGACGGUUAUGGCUGCCUGUCAGGCCUCAUACCUGCUCUGGAGCUCAUGGCCCUUUACGUGGCUGCUGCAAUGCACGACUACGACCACCCCGGGCGGACCAACGCUUUCCUGGUGGCCACAAGCGCCCCGCAGGCAGUGCUCUACAACGAUCGAUCCGUUCUGGAAAACCACCACGCUGCCUCAGCCUGGAACCUCUUCAUGUCCUGUCCAGAGUACAACUUCCUCGUCAACCUGGACCACGUGGAGUUCAAGCGUUUCCGUUUCCUGGUCAUUGAGGCCAUACUGGCCACUGACCUGAAGAAGCACUUUGACUUCCUAGCCGAGUUCAAUGCCAAGGCGGGUGACGAGCCAUCCACUGGUAUUGAUUGGUCUAACGAGAACGACAGGCUGCUGGUCUGCCAGAUGUGCAUUAAACUGGCCGACAUCAAUGGGCCUCUGAAGUGCAAGGACCUGCAUCUGCAGUGGACGGAGGGCAUUGUCAACGAGUUCUAUGAGCAGGGCGAUGAGGAGUCCAGCCUGGGCCUGCCCAUCAGCCCCUUCAUGGACCGAGCGGCACCACAGCUGGCCAAACUCCAGGAAUCCUUCAUCACGCACAUCGUGGGACCGCUGUGCAACUCCUACGACUCAGCCGGCCUCAUACCUGGACGAUGGGUGGAACCCAACCCGGAGGCAGGCGAGCCAGAGAUCAUGGAGAAUGAGGAGGAGGAGGAUGAGGAUACCGCAGAGGAAGACACGUCCACCAGCUCAGAGGCAUCACAGAAAGCAGCUCCCAAGAAGAGGAGGAAAGUGUUCUGCCACAUCACCCAGCACCUCCUGGAGAACCACGAGAUGUGGAAGAAGGUGAUCGCGGAGGAGGCCCAGAAACAGGGCCAAGGAGCCGAGUCUGUCCAUUUAAACAAUGUAGCUGAGCCAAUCCUGGCUAUCCAUGAGGAGGAAGAGGAGCCAGGCAGCAGGGAGGAGCUAGUAGAAGGAGAGGAUCCAGAGGAAGGAGUGGAGGAACCCGAGUGGCCUGUGUCUCCGCAGGAAGACUCUAAACCUCCAGAGGAGCUAGCGGAGGAGGAUCCACAGUGAACAGCCCAUGGGAAAUAUGGAGUCAGUCAGGGCAAGGACGUGAAGAAGUAUUUCUUGUUUUCUUAUCCUAUCAGCUGACUCCUGCUUUUGCCAGCACAUCACUUAGACACAACACUGUAGAUGUUUGGGAAAUGUGUGCCUAUACAGAAAAAAAAACAGGGUGGGAAAAUUUGUGCUUUUCACAUUUUAUCUGAAUAUCUGGUUUCACCAAACAUUUAAAGGAGCUUUCCAUAUUGCAAUACAGGAUCCUUUGUGUACUUUGGGAUACAGACUCUUUUGCUACUGUCAAGAGAAGAGGAAGACUGGUUGCACAGACCUCAACCCAAUGUGGUAACACAGGACUGCAGAAAUUUGCUGCCAAUUUAUACAUAAUUAUUUUCUGAAUGCAAUUAUAUAUAGACACCACAGUUACUUGUACUUGUGUUUCAAUUUUAGCAAGAGUUUUUGAGGUCUCACAUGGGCCAUAAUAUGUUUUUAUAUAUAUAUAUAUAAAUAUAUAUAUAUAUAUAUAUAAAUGGAUUAUAAAGGGAGUCAAUUAAAUGAGGAACAUUGGCGCAUCUUUCUUCCUUUCCAUGUCUGCCAAAAUUAGCCAUAGGCUUUAACAUCUAAAAUCAAAUAAUUACACAUUUCAUGUUUUACAUUUGUUGCCAAAUUAAGUACUUUAUACCAUUAGGUGUAGCCAUAUUAGUUAAAGGAAGGAGGCUUGAGGCUCCUCACUCUCUGUAUAUGUGUGUGUGUGGGUAUGUGUGUGUGUCUGCUUGUUUUAAACUGACUCCAACGCACAACUCAUAUAUAUCGAGGACAUCGAUAUAUUCAGCUGAUUACCUGUUAUUUGUGCCAUCUCUGGCCUCCACUCCCAGUUUAAGUAUAGUGGUCAUUAAAGUUUUCACUGUGCCAAAUGUAGUCCGCAGGCCCCGCACUUACAAAGCAACAGAGGAGUGUUUGAAAUUAAAAGACCAAAAAGGGAAUAAAGUACAAAAAACAUACUCUAACACAACCAAAGUGUGAGGAAAAAUAUAAGAAACAACAAAAUGCUGUAGGUAACCCGUGAUAGACAUGAUGAAGAACCAGAAAGCAUCUAUCAAACAAAAAAAAAAGGUUUAAAGGUGCAUAAUCCUAUGAAGUUCUUUGAAAACAAUACUGUGUCCUUUGUCUUUUCUACCAAUCGUUGACUCUCUGGCUACGUGGACUCACUGUGCUGUACUCUCUGAUCCUCAUUAUGUAAAAACCUUUAGCCCUCAGGAAAACCUCAACGGUUGAAAUUCAAAGUAAACAUCUGUAUCACCUGUGAGGACAGAAACAUGCAGAGAUAGGAAGCGACUUAGAACACACGCCCAACUUUUCUGCUCUGACCAUUAUUGGGAUUUUUGACAUCUUUGCAGAUAAACUCACUGGCUGUGUGUGAAAUCUUGUCCUGGCACCUCAGGGAGACAUUCAUUCUCUCAGAGUUACGACUCCAGAGUGCAUCAGUUCUCAUAAAUCACAUCUGGAACUGUGAUGAUUCACGGCAGAUUAGUCUGGCAAAUUGAGUUAGGCAUGUUUUGUUUUGUUUUUUCACAGAAGAAAAAUGUAGUUUGAAAUCUAGUCAAGGUUGAUUAAAGGAAUGCUGGAAAUCUAUGCUGGCAAGUUUUCAGCAUCAGUAUGUCAGGUGACCUGACGGUGGCGGUGCAAAGCUGCUGUGCUACCACAGCUGUUUGAUGCCAGCAGAAAACGAUAUGCAGUGGAAAACCUCAUAAACAUUAUAUUUUCAGUUAAGAUGACAGUGGAGGCAGCAGUAUGUGUUAUUGCAUCAGUCUUUACUAUGUCUUUUGUAAUGUCCCACUGCCCAAAGUUCUGUCACUCACACUCAGUCCAUGAGAAUUUUGCACCACAUUGGCCCUAAAAGUUUGUAAACCAUCACUUUUAUAUGGUGGAAAAUAACUGCAUUUGUAGCACAGUGUGAUUAUAUUCAGACAUUACAUCGCUACCUGUAAUGCACGUCUGUGAAUCAUUGUUUUCGUAUUGCUUCACAUCAUUGUGGAGCAAAAAAUUGUUAGUUUUAGUUAUCGCCGCCACAGGCAUGUAAACGUCAAAAUAAAUGAUGCAAAUAGCAAAAAGAAACUGCUUUUCAAGAGUUUCCAGAGGACACAAAGAGCAUUGUUUCCAAAGCAGGGCGUGAAGUCACAUGAUCGCCCCCUCCCCCAAUGAGACAAAGCCAUGAGGUAAACCAGUUACAUCUCCAGUAGUUUGAGUAGGAUGCGAAAUGUCCCACUGAGGAUGAAUAUCCCACUUUUCUUGAAUAAUUCACGUUUACAUAGGAAACGAGCGUACGCAGAGCUUGAGUUCAGGGCUCCACACGAAGUUGGCGGGUCAACUUUCUGUCACACACGAGUGCAGUGAGGCGUCGCGUAAUGAAUUAUCCGCUGCUAAUCUCGCCCAGUUCUCAUGACCUACAUGCACAUCUGAACCUCUUAUGCGCCGGUAUCUCAUCUCAUGCUCUACCAUGAUCACAUUUCCUUAAACCGAACACCGCACGUCAGCCUGCAGUUAGGAUGUGACAGAGCAAUUACGUUGUAAGAAUCAGGUGUAGAACAUGGCGUCCUUGUAUCCUUGCAGACUCUGCAUUAGCAUACUCUGUCACCACACAGCGUUCCUCGCUUGUGCUACAUCCAUAAUGGCCUGUUUGCUGCUGCCCUGCUACAACAUGGAGGGUGGAUGAGGAGCGUCUGGGCCACGCGGGUUCAGGAUAAAUGGUUGAGACACUGAUUAGACAGAGAAUCAUUUAGCCCAAACCUUGUAUCAGACCAGACUUGUUAGAAGCCACUGAAUCAGAACAAUUUUGUUUGGCCUCUAAUGACCGUGUGUCGCCUCAGUCAUUGUAUGUUGUUUACAACAUGCUUGCUUGUUUUCUGUAUGUGGCCUGCAGUUCAUCCCUAAUGAGCUAUAAUCAUCAUUACGGACACAAUGGAUGCAUUUUAUUCAGCUUCUGAAAAACCCGAUGAGAAGCCACCAAUGUUAUAUAACCAGGUUCUUCAGUACAAUGCAAACAUCUUGACUAACGUGGUCCAAAAUUACAAAAAACAAACACGUUUUCUGUCUGUCAUUCAUUCGGGUGAUGCAGCUUCCACUUUUAGUUUGUUGUUCAGGCUUCCAACUUUAAGCUCCUGCUUUGUGAAUGUACAAAAAUGGUGUACAGUGUGUGUGUCAGAGAAAGAAAGUGUGUGUUUGUGUCUGUUUGUCUAUUUGAAUUCUUCCAUCGGCCUCUCUAAUGUGACUCCGUCCUGUGUUUGUCUAGCUUUGAUUGAUCGGGAUGCUACUUUACUACGAGCGGAGGUGGUGAAGUAAUGAAGGUUAAAGUGAUGCAGUAUGUUCUUCUUCAAUUCUUCUCAGACACUCGGACGAAAUUGUUAUUCGCAGAAGCUCCUAUUGCGUAUUUCUCCUUGCGCUUCCUCUUUGAUCUGCAUCUACUUAGCCUGCAGAUCCUCACUGGCAGCAUUAGUAAGCAUUCAUCACACAAGGUCUCUCAUCUAUAAAGGUGAUGCGAUUUUGUCCACUGUGUCAGUUUAUUGUUGAUCUUUUUUUUUCUUUUUCUUUUUUUUAGAGUGGACUAUGUAUGAAUUGGCCCCCAGUCACAUCAGUCUUAAUACUGUACUUGCAUUUGAGCUGAUACAGUCUUAAUAGUGUAUUUUUCACAUCUUAAUUGGUUUUAUUUCUCAUACUUAUUCACACAUGUAGCAUAAUUGUAACCACGGGACUCAAACAAGCUUUACAAUUAUGUACAAAGAAAAGAAAAAAUGAGAUGAGUAUUUUUAUAUAGUUGACACAUGUUUAAAUGAUUGCGUUCUUCUCACUAUACCUUGCACUUACCAUAUGUACUAACACUUACACGAGGAAGAAUAUGUCCAAAUACACAGUAUUUGUGAAAGUAAAAAUAAUUAAUUUUCUUGCAGGUUGAUGCUCCAUUUUGUACAAUAUACAUAUAUGCUGUACAGUAAAGAAAUUUUAAAACUACAAAAACUCUUUUAGAUAUACAUUAUUUAUUUUUACCAUUUUGUAAUUUAGACACUAUACUGUAGCUUCAAUAUUGCCAGACUUACUGGAAGUGCCUAUAUUGGUAUUAUGUAUCAUACAGUGAAUAUAUUUGAAGAUCAUUAGAAGUUGUCACAAACUGAACCAUGUGGAUGUUGUAAUGUGAAUACAUUGAAUUACAAGACUAUAAU